GACAAAUUCAAAAAUGAUUGUGAAUUAUUGACGAAUGAAGGUGAAUUUCAUAGUAAUGAAGUAUCUGAGAGUGAUGAUGAACCUGCCCAAAAAGAAGUUGAUAUGAAUAUCUGCUCAAAAAAUAAACAAUAG